CCCGGCCGAGGUCCUAGCGGAGGCCGGGGCGGGGCGGCGACGCCCCUGAUUGCAGUGCCACGGCUGCUCCGGCUCGGCGGAGGGAGCUGACUGCAAGACGCAGGCUGCGGCGGGCGCGCGUCUCGCAGGAGGGGUCGUGAAAUAAGAUUCAAACUCUGCAAUGACAACCUAUUUGGAAUUUAUCCAACAAAAUGAAGAACGAGAUGGGGUGCGGUUUAGUUGGAAUGUUUGGCCAUCUAGUCGUCUGGAAGCUACAAGGAUGGUGGUUCCAGUGGCAGCCCUGUUCACACCACUGAAGGAGAGACCUGACUUACCACCCAUUCAGUACGAGCCUGUGCUGUGUAGUAGGACUACUUGCCGUGCAGUUUUGAAUCCUUUAUGUCAAGUGGAUUAUCGAGCAAAACUUUGGGCCUGCAACUUUUGUUAUCAGAGGAAUCAGUUUCCACCGACUUAUGCUGGAAUAUCUGAACUGAAUCAGCCUGCUGAACUUUUACCUCAAUUUUCAAGCAUUGAAUAUGUUGUCUUGCGUGGUCCUCAGAUGCCUUUGAUAUUCCUCUAUGUGGUUGACACCUGCAUGGAAGAUGAGGACUUGCAAGCUCUGAAAGAAUCCAUGCAGAUGUCACUAAGUCUGUUACCACCGACAGCUUUGGUCGGACUUAUUACUUUUGGGAGAAUGGUGCAGGUUCAUGAACUUGGAUGUGAAGGCAUUUCAAAGAGCUAUGUCUUCAGAGGAACCAAAGAUCUGUCUGCCAAACAGCUGCAGGAAAUGUUGGGGCUCUCCAAAGUACCAGUUACUCAAGCAACACGUGGUCCUCAGGUACAACAGCCGCCUCCUUCCAAUAGAUUCUUACAGCCAGUACAGAAAAUAGACAUGAAUCUUACAGAUCUUUUGGGAGAACUUCAGCGAGACCCUUGGCCUGUACCACAAGGAAAGAGACCUUUACGUUCCUCAGGAGUGGCCCUUUCCAUAGCUGUAGGACUGCUUGAGUGUACUUUUCCCAACACUGGUGCUCGUAUCAUGAUGUUCAUUGGCGGUCCUGCUACCCAGGGGCCUGGAAUGGUGGUUGGAGAUGAACUGAAGAUACCUAUAAGAUCAUGGCAUGACAUUGAAAAAGACAAUACCAAAUAUGUUAAAAAGGGAACUAAGCAUUUUGAAGCAUUGGCUAAUCGAGCUGCUACAACGGGACAUGUUAUUGACAUCUAUGCAUGUGCAUUAGAUCAGACAGGUCUCCUGGAGAUGAAAUGCUGCCCUAACCUUACUGGAGGAUACAUGGUAAUGGGUGACUCUUUUAACACUUCCUUAUUCAAACAAACUUUUCAAAGAGUCUUCACCAAAGAUAUGCAUGGGCAGUUUAAAAUGGGCUUUGGUGGAACAUUAGAAAUAAAGACCUCAAGGGAAAUAAAGAUUUCUGGAGCUAUUGGACCCUGUGUGUCUCUUAAUUCUAAAGGACCCUGUGUGUCUGAAAAUGAGAUAGGAACAGGUGGCACUUGUCAGUGGAAGAUAUGUGGACUCAGUCCCACUACAACCUUAGCCAUAUAUUUUGAGGUUGUGAAUCAGCAUAAUGCUCCAAUUCCUCAAGGAGGGCGUGGUGCAAUCCAGUUUGUGACCCAGUAUCAGCAUUCAAGUGGGCAGAGACGCAUCCGAGUGACCACCAUUGCUAGGAACUGGGCAGAUGCUCAGACUCAAAUCCAGAACAUUGCUGCAUCUUUUGACCAAGAGGCAGCUGCCAUUCUUAUGGCCAGACUGGCAAUAUAUAGAGCAGAAACAGAGGAAGGACCAGAUGUGCUUAGAUGGCUGGAUAGACAGCUCAUUCGGCUGUGUCAGAAAUUUGGAGAGUACCACAAAGAUGAUCCAAGUUCCUUCAGAUUUUCAGAAACUUUUUCCCUUUAUCCACAGUUUAUGUUUCAUUUAAGAAGAUCUUCUUUCUUGCAAGUUUUUAACAAUAGUCCUGAUGAGAGUUCAUAUUAUCGUCACCAUUUCAUGCGUCAAGAUCUGACACAGUCUCUGAUCAUGAUUCAGCCCAUUCUGUAUGCGUAUUCCUUCAGUGGGCCACCGGAGCCAGUUCUUCUUGAUAGCAGCAGCAUCCUUGCAGACCGUAUUCUUCUCAUGGACACGUUCUUCCAGAUUCUGAUUUAUCAUGGCGAGACUAUAGCACAGUGGCGAAAGUCAGGCUAUCAGGAUAUGCCAGAAUAUGAGAAUUUCCGCCACCUUCUGCAAGCUCCAGUGGAUGAUGCACAGGAAAUCCUUCACUCCAGAUUUCCAAUGCCGAGGUACAUUGACACCGAGCACGGAGGCAGCCAGGCCCGUUUCCUUCUUUCAAAAGUCAACCCUUCACAGACUCACAAUAAUAUGUAUGCCUGGGGCCAGGAGUCAGGAGCACCCAUUCUCACAGAUGAUGUUAGUUUACAAGUGUUCAUGGAUCAUUUGAAGAAACUUGCUGUGUCCAGUGCUGCUUGACCUGCUUUCACUGAAGAUAAAAAAUAUUUCAGUUUCUUUUCUUCUUCUUUUUCAAUCUUCUGUGAAAACCAGCAGAAAUAUCCUUCUAGACUUGUUUUGUUGUCAAGAUGGUUUGAGACAGCAUAUGGAAAAAUGUUCAUGUUGUAGAUUAAGCUGGAACUAGAGCAAUGAGAACAAAUUUGUUUUGCUUGGCACAGUAUUAUAACUGGUUUUAGAAAUUUGAGGGCUUUAUAACUUAAUUAUGUUUAAGAGUUAAAGUAGUCUGCCUUACAUUACAGAUGUAACUUAUUUGUAUGUUGCAGACAAAUCAAAGUGGCACUGAAUAUCCUCACUGACCUUUAAAAACUUAUUUAAUUUCAGCCAGAAAGGAACAAAUCAAUAGUGAUGAUAAAUGUGAACAUUUUUUGCUUAUUUGUUGAAUAUUUUUCAGUGAUUUUCAGCACUUUGGCGUACACUUUUCUGUACUUACUCUGUUAAGAUGGAUUGAUUUUUUUAAAAAAAUGAUAUUUAGGAAUUAUCUGACUUUGUAAUGGUAAUUCUCAUGAAGGCAUCUUGAUUUUUCUGGUUACUUGUAAAAAUUUGGGUGAGAUUACAGUCCCACAACUGACAUUGGAUGUAAAAUUCCUACAAAGUACCCAAUUCAUGUGAACUGACCACAUUAACUUUUUAAAAAGGAUGAUAGAAAAUCAAGCAUUUUGUUAGUGAAUAAAGAAAUUCUUUGCAGUGAAAUUAUAACAACUAAACCAGAUUUGGUUUUCAUUAUAUCACGUUGUUUUCCCUUUUGAUAUUAUAUCUUUCAGAAUUUAACACUAUUUUAGGAGUUUACACAUUACUUUUUGUUUCUACUUUUUUUGUGAAAUUUAUUAAGUUGUGGUUCUUAUUGAGACAGUAUUAUAUAAUGACUAAUUAUGUCAUUUGGUGAUACUCUGCUCUGUCUUGAUUUUUGGUUAGUAUCAUUCACUCUUACCUUUAAAGUUUACUUAUAGCAAAUAUGUUUACAUGGCUAAAACAUGAGCUUUGACAAUGAACUUUACGUAUCAAGCACUGCAAAUGAAAGAUGGUGUUUUGGUAGAUGCUGAGAAAGAUAGUUGUAUAUGAUUGUACUUGCAUGAACACAAUCAUAUGAUGGUCAAAGAGACUUAUAAUUGUUUAUAUGUUGUAUUCAACUAGUUGAAAUAAAUUGGUUUAUCCCAUUUUAUUUGAGUUGAACUGUGUUAGGCCAAAAUGCUAAUAAAACAUAUGUUUCUCUCUG